UCACUAUAUUCUAACUUAAUUUAGAAAUGCUUCGCUCUUAAUUAAGGCAUCCACAACCUGAUUGAAUACAGUUCUCGAAUAAAUAAUUCAACUGACUACGGUUCCUCCGCUAUAGAAUUACAGAUAACAUGUACAUGAAUUGCGUAACGUUUUGUUAAGUCAAAAUGAAGUCCACUGAAGAAAAACUAAAGAUUCUGAAAUAUGUUUGCACCCUCUUGAAGAAAGAUAAAAUUUAACACAAAUCCUUGAUAAUUUAUACCAUAGACGCUUCAAUUGUUGUCGGCUUUUAUGUAUGUGUAAACGAACGCAGUGUCUUACCGUGUACAAUAAAAAAUAAAAUCUUCUAAAAGAUUUUUACUAGAAGAUCCUUAGAUCUGGCAUUUAGGUACAGAUUUUACGUGAAUAUGGUUGGAAAAAGAGCGUGGACUUGCGCGAAGGAGCGUAUACCCCGUGCUUUUGCGUGGCAGCUGUUUCAGUGCAUCAUCGCGAGGGCCGCGCACAUCGUUACCGAGUCCCGCCGUGUGAGUUACGUUAGUCGGUCGUGGGGCAUCGAUCGUUGAAUUAGAAGUGCACGCGUCGAUCGGAUUCGAACGGCCGACCACGGAAACGAAGAAGAAGCAUCGUGGAUAGAAGGCAAAGGAAGAAAAAAGAAGAAAAAGAGAGAAGGGAGAAAGGAAGGAAGAAAAUCUCUUUCCGGUGGUUCAGGUUCGGUAACCAAGUUAGAAGGAAAUAAAGGAAGAGAUCGUUGGAUCGAUCAUUUACGAGGCGACGAGGAAAUCACAGUCGCGAAGCCGGAUCGCUGAGCGCGAUCGUUCGCUUGUGAAUCGGCAACGAAUCGGUGUUUGCGGUCAAUGAAGGCACGUAAGAGCCGCGAGAAAAGCCAGUCGAUACGCCGUGGAAAGAGAUCCUCCUUGAGACGAAGGGAUUGACACAGCCCAGGCCCGAACGAAUCUUCCCCCUUUAUCGCGAAACCGUUCGUUGCGGUGUGUCAGUGCUAACAGCUGCCAAAGAUGCAACGGCAAGAGGGCGAACUUGAAGAACUCGGGGGCGUUUUAGGGGGUUCCACCGCCGGUGCCCUUGCCCUUGGCGGCAGGUACAAGCCGGAGGAGCUUUCCACAUUGGCGGCCAACACCAGGUUUUCCAAGAAGGAGAUACAGCUUAUCUAUCGCGGAUUUAAGCAGGAAUGUCCUACAGGUCUCGUCGACGAGGAAGCGUUCAAGCAGAUCUUCUCACAGUUUUUCCCACAGGGAGAUGCCAGCCAGUACGCUCAUUACGUCUUCAACACCAUGAAGAGGAAACCGUCCGGGAAGAUAAGCUUCGAAGAAUUCCUGACCAUCUUGUCGAAAGUUUCGAGAGGAUCGGUGGAGGAAAAGCUUCAGUGGAUAUUUGGACUCUACGACCUGGACGGAGAUGGAUUGAUCAGUAAAGAGGAAAUGUUGGAUGUGGUUGGUUCAAUCUACGAGAUGUUGGGUCGUUACACCCAGCCGCAAAUAGUUGAGCCGCAUUUGGCUGCUCGAGAACACGUCGAUCGUAUUUUCCACUUAAUAGACGCAAACAAAGACGGCGUGGUGACAAUCGAGGAAUUGGUACAAUGGUGUUCCAAGGAUGAACAACUCUUGCGGAGUCUCGACACUCUCGACACUGUCUUAUGAGAUCUUUACGAUUAUUUUGUAACCUUCACUCAGCCCCCAAAUGUCACAAAUCCCCUGAAAAUUAUAACGCAACAUUCGUACGAGUUCCGCGUGUUCUUUCUAAAAUUUCGAUUCCCGCGUUUAAUAUCUGACGAUUCUGACGCGAGAAAUUAAGUAUCGGUCGGAAAUACUAACUCGAACUCGCCGAACGUUGUCUGUAAAUAUGUACUUACCCUUCCUACCCAGUCUUUCAAGCGUGCUAUGGAAUCCAUGAUGAAAUUAACAGUAUUACUAGACCUCUAUUAUAUAUUUCCUUUUCGCAUCGUAUACAUAAUCCUCACGCGGUCAACAGAUCAUUGAUUGUUGUCGCGUGAUUGUAUAAAACUAAAAAGAAAAAAAUAUUUCAGCUACGGGAAUGAAGAAGAUCUAAUCCAUUUCAUCGUCGAAGAAUAUCGACACUCUCUCGAAGAAGAUCUAAAGUAUCUUUUAUUGGCGUUAAAAUUCUGAUGGCACGGAUUUAAUAAUUCAGAGCGAGCUAUCGGAUCGCAGGUAUCUCGGAAUUGUUAGCUAAGAUCGAUGUGAAACGGGAACAAAUCAAUCUCCAGAUUUGCUAAAAACGGAGACUGAAUUCUACAUAAUAUCCGAACAUAAUAUCUGUACUUUCGUAAAGAAUUUUAACGAUUUUACCAAGCUGUGCUAUUACAUUUUUCCGGAAAAUUCGCAGAGUCAAGUAAUAUGAUCUAAUAUUUCUUAAACUUCCAUGUUUUUUCCAAACUCUACUUUCCCUGCCUUCUACGAGUUAAAAAAGAAAAUCCGAUGCUCGUUCCGUUAGGUGAUUUUCAUACGAUGCAGAUACGAAAUAGUUUUACUUUUCGCGACUGUUGAAUUAUCUCUAAUUAAAAGAAUAAACUGUAAGUACGUACUUCGAUACUGACCAUCGUUGUGGCAAUUAGCUACGAUUUAAUGGUAUUUUUCAAGGAGCUUCGACUAUUGUCCAUCGUUCGGGUCGUCUUCGUGUCUUGUUGUUGUUGGUCAAGUAAAAAUUUAUCCGAGACUUUUGCAUUCCAAAGAUUCAGCGUUACGUUUGUAGCUUACAGAUAAUAAGGAGUUCAAGACAAGGAAUUGGAAUAGGCAAGAGAUUAUUCAGAGUUUAUCCAAAGUUUCACUGUUAGAUUCAGGCAUAUGCGAAUAACGUCUGACAAUCGUUUUAAUCUUAAUUAAAAUAUAAUCUCUGGUACGAACAAGUAUAGGAGUUUUCUUCGAUCUCGUUGUACGCUCUUGGAUAUUUCCAGAUUGUAUACUUCGCACGCUUAGAAAGCGUGGCAAGAAACUGCAAAGUGUAAGUCGCUACUUAAGUUACACAAACUUAUAAAAUAUUCGCAUAUGUCUACUCUCUUCAUAGAUGAUAGAUUUACCAAUACCUCCAAAGGCCCAUGUACGAUGGAAGAUGUAGUUAGUAACCCAGUAAUAAUGUAGUAUCCGCGACCAAUUAAGAGAAACGUGGUCCUCUAAGAUCAACGCCUCGUGUGAUUCUCUCGUACCUUAUUAUAUUUAUUAUUACUAUCGUAUAAAAAGUAUUGUUAUUAAUACAAUUACUAUCAAUUUCAUUACUUGUCUUCUAUCAAAUUGAAGCAAGGUAUGUAUUGCGUUCACACACAUGAGAAAUCGCUGAGCGCACAUUCGAGAUAUUCUAAAUAUUACGCGUACAAAUAUAAUCGAAUUUGUUGAAUUUCUCAAGUUUAUUAAAAUACCUAUAUUAUAUUUGAGAAGACGUGAUCCGAGAAUGUUAUCACGUGGAUACAAAGAAAUUGAUUCGACGUUUAUACCUUGGAUCAUUUUAAUGGUGCGCGAUUUAAAUCAGCGCGUCCUAUUACGAAUGUUUCUUAUAUCAGUUUCAAAUUAGGAAUCAAUUUUUUUACUAAUUGGUAGAUCGUGUAUGCAUAAUUUAUGUACUUACGUUUAUACGUGUAUGUGUAUGCCUGUUCGACCUGAAAUACCUUCGUAUUAUUUCCUUAACGAUUAUUUUAUCGAAACAAUAAUGAUGCUGUUUCAAGAUUCAAUGUACCUCGAAACCCACCUUCUUCAGUUGGAGGUAUUAAACAAUUUGUAUUUAAUAAACUUAUAUUUUAAUUCAUUUUCAUUGUACAUAUUGAAGGUAUGAUAAUUGCGGGUUAAAAUAAGAUUGGUACUAAUGAUUUCUCUUUUAAUUAAUGUUAUAAAAUUGUACAAAAUAAAGAUAAUUAUAAUUACAAAAUACAA